GAUAAAAGCUAAACUAAGUUGAAACUCCAAUCUAAAAUCCUAGUGAUACAGGGAAUUCAUGGAUCCCCUUCCUUCCUGCUCUUCCUCUUCAUCUUCCUCUUCUCUUAAGAGCAAAACUCUAGCAAGUAAACCCCACAAAAGGAAUGAAGCCACAUUCAUUUCGGUAUAUAUCAUGUCAGCUUUUGGAUCACUUAUUUUCAUUCAAUCCUUGGCUGUUCAAAUGAACCCCAAUUGGAUAUUCCCCAAUAACUCAAAUGAGUUCAUAUCUCUCCCUUCUCUCCAUCCCUCCCCCAAAUUGGAGAACAUAGGCCUUGCCAAAACUACCUCUUCUUUUCAUCGGAAACCCAUCUCCGGAAAUGUCAAAGAUUUUCGAUCCAAUGGCUCUCGUCUUCGAAAACCCAUGUUAAAAGCCCCAAACAAUUCUCAAACUACCACUUCUCCCUAUAAAAAACCCAUCUCAAAGUCCUCAAUUUCUUUUCAAGUGGACCCAUCUCUAUACAAAAAGCAAGUCCCAACAAUAAUCUCAGAUGACGUCUCAAAUAAAGCAAAUUAUACCCAAAGUAUUGAAUCUUUAAACCAAAAACCCAUCUUAGGAGGCUUUGUUGAAAUCCAAAAACCCCUCUAUUCUCACACAAAACCCUUCUCAAAUGUGAUAUUCUAUCCCCUAAGAGACCCAAGUGUUGCCCCUUACACCAAUCCCAAGAAGACAUGGUUCAUGAGCACUCUGAGUGGCCAAAGCAGAGGUGGCAUCCCUGAACACUUCAUAUUCUCCGCAAAUUCCACACCAGACAAUGCGUAUCUAUGCAUAGACUUUUCCAACAAAUCAUAUGGGUUUUCACGUCAUGUCCCCGGUGAUUUUACCCUUCUCCGAGGUCUAACAUUCGUAGCCGAUAGCUAUUGGGACUAUAUCAACCCAUGGCAUAGUAUGAAUGCUUUGGCUGUGUUUCUUUCAUGGAUGAAGGACAAUGGGUGUCCAAAGCCAGAUAGAUUUGUGGCCUUUCACAAUGGAGAGCUAGUAACUAAAUUGGGUGAUUGGAUUUAUGCUAUUUUGGAAGCUUCUUUGGGGUAUAAACCCCAUGCAGAAACUAUGAGUGAUGGGUAUAGAGGAGGACUAGUAUGUUUUGAGAAGGCUGUGAUCUUUAGAAGGGGACUUGGUCACAUGUCUGGCGAGAGAAGGAAUGAUUUGUUUGAUAUGAUCAGGUGCAAGAGUUGGAAGUAUUGUAAUGUCUUUGGUAAGAGAAACAGUGAGGAUGGUGGUAGAGUGAGAAUUAGUUUGAUUGGUAGGAAAGGGAAGAGAGGUCUCAAGAAUGAGUCUGGGGUGGCUUUGGUGAUGAGAAGAGAGUGUGAGAAGUUUGAGGGUUGCAAAUUCAGGCUAGUGCACAUGGACAGUUUGAGCUUUUGUCAACAGGUUUCCUUAAUGAGAAAUACAGACAUUCUUGCCUCACCCCAUGGAGCUCAACUCACAAACAUGAUGUUUAUGCCUAGGGGGAGCCGUGUCAUGGAAAUGUUUCCCAAGGGAUGGCUUGAAGGUGCAGGAAUUGGCCAGUUUAUCUAUCAGUGGUUUGCAAGUUGGUCAGGAUUGGUCUAUGAGGGUGCCUGGAGAGACACCGAUGGCCCAGAUUGCCCCAAUUAUCAAAGACAACGAUCAAAAUGCUUUAUCCUUUACAAAGAUCGACAAAUUUGGGUUGAUGAAACACACUUGGCAAAUUGGACUACAAGAGUCCUUAGAGAUUUUAUCAAUAGGAACCAACCUUUGGAUGGCUUAAGGUGUCCCUCUGGUGCUAAGGGACCAGAUUGUGAGGCGUGCUCAUGUGAUAACUAUCCAUAAUUCAACCACUGACUACUGUUCUGUGAUUGGUUGGAAACUCGUGACGGACAGAGCUACAGUGUUGACAAUUUUCUAUUGCAGAGCACUAAUUUUUUGAGUCAGAGGUUUUUGAGAUUUCGUGUGACCCCAGAUGUCCUUGUUCAUAUGAUUUGGAUUUUGUUUGAUGGCUUUGAAUGUGUAAGUCCUGUUAGGAAAAUUGAGCCUGGAAAUGAUUUAAAGUGGGAAGCUAAAUCUUGUUAUCUUUGUGUAUUAAAAACAAGUUUUGAUCUCUCCACCACCUGUAUGUACUUAUUUUACAUAGUG